AUGCAGAUGGAUGUAUGCGAGAAAUUAGAUUAAAAAGCAAUAUAAAAUAUAGAAUUUCAUGAUUUAGAUAAAUCUAAUAAUUAUAUAAAGUAUAUGAGAAUAAUAUCUAUUGUACACAUCGUAUAGCAAUUUUCUUAUAUGUAUUUAUAAAAUGUUGAUAUAUUUUAGUGUAUAGUAAUGA